AUUUCUGAACAAAGUUAGUUGCCGAAUAAAAGAAAAAAUGAUUAGUAUUUUAGUAUAAUAUAUAGAUCCCGACAAGUGAUUAAGAUAAUUGAUUUCCAAAUUGUUAAAUGUCUUCGUAGAGGGGUUUUUGCGCAUGAUUAAUCUUAACACAUAAGAGUUUGAUGAAUUUUUUAAAUGAUACGAGGCUAAUGGGCAUAAUUUAUACUUUAACCCGUCCCUUAUAACUUUUCCAAUUCAAGUUUCACCGACAAGAAGAAUAAAUAGUAAAAGUGAUGUGAUUAAAAUUUGUCCAUAAGAGAGAAAUAUAGGAAUAAUUAAAAUUAAAGGAAAGUGAAAAAGUUACAAGGGACUAAGAGAGUAUAUUAUGUGGGCAGUUUGGUGCCAUAAACCCCAUUGCAUUUAUGCAUUAUAUACGGGUUAUAUGAAUACCAAAGCAGUAUCGAAGGAAUGAGUAAAAAGCAGUCUAGCUAGAUAGCCAUCAAACUAAGUAAUUACUACUUACUAUACAUGGCAAAUUAAAUAAAAGAAAGUAGACAUAUGAAUUAAAGUAUACUUGUGGGUGAAGAAAGAAUAUGUUGUAUUUUUGGUCAUAUAAAUAAAUCCAUUUUUUUGGUCACAUUAAGCUAAGAUCAAAACAAACAAUUAUACUGCCAAAAAAUAUAUCCGGAAUCAAAUAAGUCCAAUAAUUGAAUAGAAGGAAAUGGCGGAUAAGAACCAGGGAAGGCUACCUCCACCAACUUACAAGUAUGAAGAUUUGACUCUGGAAUGGAGAGUGGAUAUAGGGCCUAAAUAUGAUACUCUCAUCCUUCAUUUACCAGAUGGUUUCACAAGGGACCAUGUGAGUAUAGGCGUUUCAACCAAAGGAGGUUCUCAAGAAGAAGAAGAAAAGUUUAUCAACAUAAGCGGGCAUAAGCUGGAUGAAGGCAGCAACAACAAACGGUUGCGAUUUUAUAAACAAUUCAAGGUUUCAACCAAGUGCGACGUGAAAAGAAUGUAUAUGAGAUUCGAAAAUGACAAAGAUUUAUUUAUAUGGCAAUUCAAACCCCUAUUUGAAGCUACAGAUUCCCAUACGGCGGCGACAAUGGAGCAAGCAUUUACGGUGGUGGAUGACGUAGAUCCGGCCGCCGCUCUCACUUACAUUGACCAGUACAACCGUAUGUCCUUUAAGAAAGGAGUCGACGGAGACAAAACCCACCCAGAAGCUUACACUCUUACCCUUCACUUUCCUCCUGGUUUCCAAGAGGAUCAAGUUAGAAUCGAGUCAAACACAUCUUCUCCAUAUAUCUUGAUGACCGCACAUAAACAGCGGCGAGGCGAGAGGAUAUAUCAUUUAAAUGAAGUUUAUACUCCGCCGUCAAAAUUAAAGGGGUGGGUUCGGUUGUACUCAUACUUGACGGGUGCUUUUUUUGAUGCGUAUGAUAUGAACCGGACUGAGAUAAAAAUUGAAAAAGGUGCGGCCAUUGUUACACUACACAAACCCAUCAUCCCAACCAAUGGCUCUGCACAGACAAGCAAAAUGAAGGACGAAGAUGAUAAUGAUCACAAGAAGAAUGUAAUGGCGGAAAAUUUGGAUGACGGGCCGAAACGCGUCGUUGAAAAAAUCGAAAUAAUGGACGAUUAUGAAGGCGACGCGGCGGUGGAAACAGCGGCUACCCCAGAACCUCAUAAAGAAGAGCCAAGAACGAUGAGGAUGACGAUCAUGAUUAUCCUUUUCGCAGUUGGUGUAGCCAUGUUGUUUGUUAAUAAAAAAACAUUUUACUACCUAAUAAUUAAUAAUAUUGUGUGAGUUUUUACUCACUUAAACCCAACCCUAUAUAUA